AUUUUCAUAGAAAGCUAAUUAAAAUCGAAUCAUCAGUUGUGUUUGCGAGACUUUCUCACGCUGUGCUGCUGCAAAUCAAGCUCUCUGAUUCUGGAGUCUAUGAUGGCUCCUCACGACGACAAAUCAGAAGUUGCAGAGGAGUCUAUGGCUUCCCAAGCUCCGAACCGCCCCAUUUCCACCAUCGUCUUCAUCAUCGCUAUGCAGACUGAAGCGCUUCCAAUCGUGAACAAGUUUCAACUUUCGGAGGACCCCAAUUCUCUGUUCCCGAAAGGGGUCCCUUGGGUCCGAUUCCAUGGCACUUACAAAGAUCUGAAUAUUAAUGUAAUCUCACCAGGAAAAGAUACAGUUUUGGGGGUUGACAGUGUUGGCACGAUUUCUGCAUCUCUUGUCACCUAUGCUUCUAUCCAAGCACUACAGCCUGACCUUAUCAUAAAUGCAGGCACUGCUGGUGGCUUUAAGGCUAAAGGAGCUUGCGUUGGCGAUGUGUUUCUUGCAUCAGAACUUGCUUUCCAUGAUAGAAGGAUACCUAUCCCUGUUUUUGAUCUUUAUGGAGUUGGUCUACGGCAGGCUUCCUCAACACCCAAUCUCUUGAAGGAUCUUAACCUAAAGGGUGGCAAAUUGUCUACUGGCGACUCUUUAGAUAUGUCCCCACAGGAUGAAGCGUCAAUCAUUGCAAAUGAUGCAACACUCAAAGACAUGGAGGGAGCAGCUGUUGCGUACGUGGCAGAUCUUUUGAAAGUCCCUGCAAUAUUCAUAAAAGCCGUGACUGAUAUUGUUGAUGGCGAGAAGCCAACCACGGAGGAAUUUUUGCAGAAUUUGGCAGCAGUGACUAAUGCUCUCGAUGUAACAGUCACCCAAGUUGUUGAUUACAUCAAUGGGAAGUGCCUUUCCGAACUUUGACCCAUCAUAGCCAAUUCCAGUUAUUGUUUGCACAGAGAAGAUGUGUAAUAGAAUGUGUUCCACAACAUUUAUUUAAAAUAUGUCAUAUUUGAUUAAAAAUGUGUGAUUUUAAAGUAAAAUGCUAAUACUUGUAGUGUAGGUACAUUUUUCAGUUGUGCAACCAAAGGUUAUUUGAUUCUUGUUACUAAUUUGUACCAGCAUGGACAUACCAGUGUCUGCACAGUAAUUUCUCCUUGUAAUAGUAGUAGAUGGUAUAAGAUUUCCCUUUUAAGGAA